AUGGAGAACGGCGCUAUAACUCAGGGAGAGGGCAAGGACCCAUCAGGCUGGCUCAGCGAAAUCAUUGGACAUCCUGUCACAGUCAAGCUUAACUCAGGUGUUGUUUACAAGGGGGAGCUGCAGUCUGUGGAUGGAUACAUGAACAUUGCCCUGGAAAAGACCGAGGAGUAUGUUAAUGGCGCCAAGCGAAGAAGCUACGGCGACGCCUUUGUCAGAGGCAACAAUGUCAUGUAUAUCGCUGCCGAUUAA